AUGGGUCCUCGGUCAUCUAGUCUCUCCUGUGACACCGCUCUCGAGGGCCACCAGAAUUGGGCAGUCUUCGGUGUCUUGGCCAUGCUGACAAGCUGUCGCGAGGCCCUCCAGGGCUUGCUUCAUCCGGGUCAGAUCGGCAAUGCGCUCUUCGAUAUCGAAAAUCUUGGCCCGCGCUUUCGCUCGCACUUGCGUCCGGUUUCUCCGCCCGAAUUGCUGCGCAGCAACAGCAACUCGGCGAUCUCAUCGAGCGAAAAGCCGAGCUCCUUGGCUCGCCGGAUAAACCGCAGCCGGCCGAGAGUCUCGGAGUCAAGGGUCGGCUGCCCACAGCAGCCGAUGCCUCAGCUAGCGGUGCCAGCUAGCGGUGCCAGACACUUCUUGGGAAAGCGGCGGCGUGGUGUACAAGCCGACCAGUCGAGGCGGUUAGAAUCGCGUCAAAUGAGGCAAAAUCACUCUCACGAGACCGGUCCCGUCCCCACUGACUCCAUUUCCGCCGCCAAGAUCGGCCCGAUCAAGACCCUGGCCAUCAACACCGGUGGCGGCGACGCGCCAGGCCUGAACGCCGUAAUCCGCGCCGUCACCUUGGCUGCGCUGGGCCGCGGCUGGCGGGUGCUGGGCAUCGAGAAGGGCUACACCGGGCUGCUCGACACCUCGCGGGUGAUCGAGCUCGAUCGCGAAGCCGUGCGGGGCAUCACCCACCAAGGCGGCACGAUCCUGGGCACCACCAACAAGGGUCACCCGUUUGAGUUUCCGAUUCACCACGAAGACGGCUCGGUCGAGGUAGUGGACCGUUCAGGUGAGGUCAUGGAGAACUUCGCCAAGCUUGGUAUCGACGCCUUGGUAGCACUCGGCGGCGAUGGCUCGAUGCGCAUCGCCGAGCGUCUGGCCGCGCUCGGUAUGCCGAUCGUCGGCGUACCAAAGACCAUCGACAACGAUCUCGAAGGCACCGUGGUGACUUUUGGUUUCGACACCGCGGUGAGCUUUGCCGCCGACGCCAUCGACCGGUUGCACUCGACUGCCGAGUCCCACGAGCGAGUUUUCGUGGUCGAGGUCAUGGGUCGCUACGCUGGUUGGAUCGCCGCCCACGCCGGGCUAGCCGCCACCGCCGACGUGAUUUUGCUCCCAGAGAUUCCCUACGACAUUGCGUCGGUCUGCCGAGCGAUCGAAGCACGCGAACAGAGCGGCCGGCAUUUCAGCAUGGUGGUGGUCGCCGAGGGCGCCAAGCCGAUCGAUGGCGGGCUCACCACCCGCGGCGCCAAGGAGGCUGGCCGCGAGGUCCGCCUGGGCGGUGUCGCCGAACGGCUCGCCGCCGAUAUCCACCAACACACCGGCAAGGAGACCCGCACCGUAGUGCUGGGCCACCUCCAACGUGGCGGCCGACCGACCGCCCGCGACCGCAUCCUGUCGCUGCGCUUCGGCACCGCCGCCGUGCGCCUGGUAGAAGAAGGGUGCUUCGGACACAUGGUGGCACUCGAUCCGCCGACCCGACAUCAUCUUCACCCUACGUGA